AUAAAGAAACAAAACUAACUCGUUCUUGCUUUAUAGUUUAUAUAGCCUACUGUGGUGUAUAUUAUCGAUGAUUGGCAUUUUACAAACACAAUAUAAUAGCAUGCAAUGGGGUUGUCUACAUUGAAGAAAACUAUCCUCUACUGUGGCAUCCUGUUGCAUUUGCUUCCUUUUCUGCCAUGUUUCUCAAAUGGCUUCAGUCUACCCAGCAACUUCCUCUUCGGGAUAGGAUCUUCUUCUUACCAGUACGAAGGUGCUUACAUGAGCGAUGGCAAAGGACAGAGUAAUUGGGAUAACUUCACUCACGGACCAGGUAGAUAUGUAAUAAUCGAUGGAAGUAAUGGUGAUAUUGCCGUUGAUCAUUACCAUCGCUAUCUGGAGGAUAUAGAUUUAAUGGAGGCUUUGAAAGUGAACAGCUACAAGCUUUCUUUAUCUUGGUCAAGAAUUCUACCAAAGGGAAGGUUUGGAAAGGUCAAUAGAGCUGGUAUCAACUUCUAUAACACACUAAUUGAUGCUCUGCUUCUGAAAGGGAUCCAACCCUUUGUAGUACUAUCUCACUAUGAUAGUCCUCAAGAGCUGGAGGACAGAUAUGGAGGCUGGCUAAGUCCUCAAUCAAAAGAAGAUUUUGCAUUCUAUGCAGACCUAUGUUUUAGAAGCUUUGGUGACAGAGUCAAGUAUUGGGUCACCUUCAAUGAGCCAAACUACCUAGCCCCACUUGGUUACCGUUCCGGCAUAUAUCCGCCGUCCCGUUGCUCUGGCUCAUUGGCAAUGUUACCAUGCAAAGGAGGGGACUCAGAAAGGGAACCAUUCAUAGCAGCACAUAACAUUAUCCUUUCACAUGCUGCUGCUGUUGGUAUCUACAGAAGCAAAUAUCAAAGUGAGCAAAAAGGAAUGAUUGGCAUAGUCCUUCAACAUGAAUGGUAUGAACCAAUCAGCAAUUCCACAGCAGACAAAUUGGCCACCGAAAGAGCAAGAUCAUUCUCCUUCAAUUGGUUCCUGGACCCAGUGAUAUUUGGAAAGUACCCAACAGAAAUGGAGGAUGUUCUUGGAAGCGUGUUACCCAAGUUUUCGAGCAAGGAAAUGGAGAAACUCAAGAAAGGAUUGGAUUUCGUUGGCCUCAAUUACUACACAGCCCACUAUAUCAAAGAUUGUAUAUAUUCCAAGUGUAAACCGGGAGUAGGCACCUCCAGAACAGAAGGUUCAUACCAAAAAAGUGGAGACAAAAAUGGUGUCUCAAUUGGAGAACCUACACCAUUUAGUUGGCUCAAUAUUUACCCGGAAGGCAUGGAGAAGGCCAUUACAUAUGUCAGAAACAGAUACAACAAUAUUCCAAUGUUCAUCACUGAAAAUGGGUAUCCCGUACAAGAAGAUUCAAAUUCCACCAUGGAGGAACAACUUAACGAUUAUAAUAGAAUAAGGUGCAUGAGGAAUCAUUUUGAGGCCAUGUUAGAAACAAUAAGGAAAGGAGCAGAUGUGAGGGGAUACUUUGCGUGGUCGUUGCUAGACAACUUUGAGUGGAUAUAUGGAUAUACAAUAAGAUAUGGACUUCAUCAUGUGGAUCAUAAUUCCUUGAGGAGGACUCCAAGAUUAUCAACAACUUGGUAUAAGCAAUUCAUUGAAAUGCAUCAGUUGGAAUGGAAGUACAAUAAUAACACAAGCAAGGCUUUUGAGUUGUGAAAAGUAAUAAGGCCAGCCAUCUUGUUCUUGUCAGGGUUUAUUCAAGUGAGAACACCACCACAUACAUGCCUUAGAUCUUGAGGUAAAUCAACAUAAGGCCAAAGGUUUAAUCGUACUAGAAUUUUAUAAGUCAGCACUUAUUUAAUUAUUGUUACAGUUUAUUUUAUCUGAUAGAGAACAAAGAUUAUAUAAGCAUCACUUGGAUA